AUGAAAAGAAAUAAGGCACAAACCAAAGGAAUAUUAGAACAAUAUGAUAGUCUAGAAAUUGGGAAAGAAAUAUGUUACAGUUAUUAUUUAGACAUUGUUGAGCCUGAUCGUAAUUUAAAAAAAAUAUCCAGUUGA